UACUUUGCUGCAGCGGCCUUUGUACUCUGCACAAAUGUGAUUGGGAAGCAAGCUCUUGAAGCUAGAUUUAUUACUAAAGAUGACUUCGAUGAUGGUGUUGGUUAUGUCUAUCAGAUCAAUGACAGCAUUUUUGGUUCAUUCGGUUGUGUGCUUGAGAACUCGCAUCUGGAAUGCAUCCCUCUAGAAGACGUCGCUGAUGCCCCACAGCACUUCGGCACUGUGUUGGGCGCUUCACUUCAACCUGGCGAUGUCGCCCAAUCGUUGAUUCGUUGCCGUCAACUUCGUGUUGGUGAUUGGCUACUCUGGAGAGAUGCUGGAGCGUAUACGAUGCCGCUCGAUGCCGAACAUGCGGUACCGCCGGUGUAUUAUUUCGCCGGCGUUGAUAAGGAGCGUAUUAUUGGAAUUCACAACAAAGCGACUGGAGGCGCUUAUGCCACCAGCGCUGACGCUAACAGCUCGGAUUCGAUGGACUCGGCAUCUGAUGGAGCGAGUGACGUUGAGAGUCUCGAUGACGACAACGAAGACCUCACCGAGUGCUUUGACCGCGUGUUUUACUACUCGCAGUGAGC